AUGCAUAACACAGUUGUGAUAUUUGUGCAAAGCUUAGCAGAAUACACCUCUUGUUCUAGCGUAGUGCCAAAGCAUUACCAGCACAUUCUAGCCUUGGCAUUUGCAGUAAAGGAGAUAAAUGAAAACCUCCACCUCUUACCCAAUGUUACCUUGGGCUUUCACAUCUAUGACAGCCAUUUCACUGCAAAGUGGUCCUAUCAUGCCACAAUGCUACAUUUAUCUACACUGAAGAGAUUUUUCCCCAACUACAAAUGUGGCAAUCAGGAUAACUUGAUAUCAGUUAUUGGUGGACUGGACUGUCAAACCUCUCUUCAUGUGGCAACAAUCUUGGAGCUAUAUAAAGUUCCACAGCUAAUAUAUGGCCCAGCUCCAGUGAUGCAUGGCAAAGUCCCAGGCCUUUUCUUCUACCAGCUGGUCCCUGAGGAAGCCCUUCAGUAUGAAGGGAUUCUCUCUUUGCUUCUGCAUUUCAGGUGGACGUGGAUUGGGAUAAUUGUGAUGGAUAAUGACAGUGGAGAAAGAUUUCUGCAAAGUGUGGAUCCAGUGUUCUCUCAGAAUGGCAUCUGUUUUGCCUUCAUAGAGAGAUGCCCCAUGUUAUCUGUUGUCACUGAAAUGGAAGACAUGAUGCAAGUUGGGGCAAGAAUACAUGACAAAAUCAUGGACUCUCAAACAAAUGUAUUGGUGGCUUCUGGAGAAUCUUACUCUGUUAUGUAUUUGAGAUGGUUGCCAUAUCUGUCACACCUACAACAUGAGACCAACAAACUGAAAGGUAAAGUAUGGAUAAUGACAGCCCAAAUGGAGCUUGUCUCACUGGUCUAUCAAAGGACUUGGGAUACACAGAUACUCCAUGGUGCUCUGUCCUUCACAUUUCACUCCAAUAAUCCAUCAGGAUUUAAAACUUUCCUUGGGAGCAGAAGCCCUUCCAGCAUAAAAGGAGAUGGUUUUAUCAGCCACUUCUGGGAACAGGCCUUUGACUGUGUAUUCCCAAAUACUACUGUUGACAAGGUGCAAGGGAACAUUUGCACAGGAGAUGAAGAACUGGAGAGUCUUCCCGGAACUUAUUUUGAAAUGAGCAUGACUGGCCAUAGCUACAGUGUCUAUAAUGCUGUCUAUGUCAUGGCACAUACUCUACAAACUGUGUCUUCAUCUCAACUUAAAAAGAGGGCAAUGGUGAAUGGAGGGAGAUGGACAGUUCAGACUCAAGAUUUGUGGCAGCUGCAUCACUUUCUGAGAAGCAUUUCGUUUAACAACAGUGCUGGGGACAUGAUUUCUUUUGAUGAGAAUGGGGUGCUUGUUGCUGGUUUUGAUAUUAUAAACUGGAUUAUUUUCUCCAACCAAUCCUUUCAUGGGAUGAAGGUUGGGAAAGUGGAUCCCCAGGGUUCUUCCGACCAACUAUUCACCAUCAGUAAAGAUGCUGUGACAUGGCAUAACUGGUUUAACCAGGUGAGGCCCAUUUCUGUGUGCAGUGAAAGCUGCAAUCCUGGUUCUAGCAAGAAAGUGAAGGAGGGGAAGUCAUUUUGCUGCUAUGAUUGCAUCCCAUGUCCUCAAGGGAAGAUUUCAGACCAGAAAGACUUGAAUGAUUGCUACAAAUGCAUGGAGCAAAGCUAUCCAAACAAAGAACAGGAUUUCUGUCUUCACAAGAGUGUCAUCUUCUUGUCUUAUGAAGAACCUUUGGGGAUAGGCUUAGCCUCUUGUUCUCUUUCCUUUGCUUUGACCACCGCUCUGGUGCUAGGGACAUUUAUGAAGCACCACAACACUCCCAUUGUCAAAGCAAAUAACAGGGACCUCACUUACACUCUCCUCACCUCCCUUCUACUCUGCUUCCUUUGUGUUUUGCUAUUCAUCGGACAGCCUAAGAAAGUGGUGUGUCUUCGACAGAUUGCUUUUGGCAUCAUCUUCUCAGUGGCUGUUUCUUGUGUGCUGGCAAAAACCAUCACUGUGGUUCUGGCUUUCAUGGCCAACAAACCAGGAUCAAGGAUGCAGAAGUGGGUGGGGAAGAAGUUGGCCAACACCAUAGUUUUCUCCUGCUCCUUUAUUCAAGCAGCCAUUUGUACUGUGUGGCUGGCUACUACUCCCCCUUUCCCAGACAUUGACACAAAAUCACUUACUGAAGAAAUUGUACUAGAAUGUAACGAAGGAUCUGUAACUAUGUUUUAUUGUGUCUUGGGCUACAUGGGCUUGCUGGCCAUUAUCAGUUUCACUGUAGCUUUCCUUGCCAGGAAGUUACCUGACAGUUUCAAUGAAGCCAAGUUCAUCACUUUCAGCAUGUUGGUGUUCUGCAGUGUUUGGGUGUCAUUUAUUCCAGCCUAUCUGAGCUCCAAGGGAAAAUACAUGGUUGCUGUGGAGAGUUUUUCUAUUUUAGCCUCCAGUGCUGGGUUGCUGGGUUGCAUAUUUUCCCCAAAAUGCUACAUUCUUUUGUUGAGGCCUGAACUGAACAAGAGGGAACAGCUAAUAAAAAGAGGUUAUUGA